AUGGGAGAUUGGCCUGGAUUUCACAGCCGAUAUCAUAAUCCAAUAGAAGAUGCAUAUUUUCAAAAGUUCAAGCAAGUCCCCAGUCAUCACUCAUAUCACCCCUCUCGAAUACCGAAUGUAACCUGUCAUGGUAUUCUAAGAUAUACCAAUCCAAAUUUUUUGGAGGACAUGGAUCAGUUGCUCUUAAAGCACAGUUUGUGGAAUAGAUAUUUCUUAUUCUUGAAAUUUAGAUAUAUACUUAACCGAUUAAGGCAUGAUGGUACAAUUUCUGGUACAUUCACUCGUGUUAUUCAAGUUGGAAGUAUUAUAAGACUCCCAGAAGAUGUUCCGGAUGACUGUUGUGUGAGACAAAAACUGAAAAGACCAAGAAUAUAA